AAGAACGCAGAAAUCCCUUUCAUCGUUUGGCUUCUCCUGGUGGUAUGCUAAAGGGUGUUGAAAGAGGGAUUACUUGUGUCUGUAGCUUUCAAUCGUCGGCCUGAUUAAUAUUUUAGCGAUGUGUCCUCAGUGUUGGAGAUUGGGUUCUAGGGUUUGGAGAUUGGGUUCUAGGGUUUUAGUAUCUUCGAGUCUGUGGAAGCGUUCUCAGUUUUCUCGAGGGGAUUCGUUGCGAAGUCAAGGGGGAUGCAGAAGGAGCGUUUAAGAAGACUGUUGCAAUCGAUCGGAUGAUUGAUGCUCUUCAAGAUGCAAACCCAAGAGAACUUGAGCAGCUUGUUGUUGAAAACAUCCUUGCUUUUGAUGAGGUUUUCUGGAUAAGACUCGCGGCCAGGUCGGAUACUUGCAAAUCAGAUGAUGACAAGAAGGACUAUGAGGAGUUAGCUGCAACCGUGAUGAGCAUAGUUGACUGCGUUGUGAAUAAGACUCGGGAAAAGAUAGAAACGUCUACUGAUGUUCUGAAAGGAAUAUUAAGACCCGUUGUGGAAGGAGUGGAAGAAAUUUCAUGGCCUCCAAGAGAUCCUGAAGCCAUCAAUCAAAUGGAAAACGAAAUAAUACAACGGGAAAAAGAAGGGCAAUUAGAUGAAGGGUUUCUUUCAGAAGUUAGUGCUCAGCUACGGCAGGUUGCUUUCAGGCAAAAGAAGAUAAAGAGAAACCAGGGCUUGCGGCUAUGCUGCAAAAAGUUCUUCAACUCUAUGCUGCUACGAUUCUCUCCAAGUGUAGCUACGCAAAGAAAGGCUACGAGACUUCUUGCGAGUUUGAUAGUUUACAGCUCUGCAGCGAUAGUCAGGGCUUGUGCUCAGGCAUAUCGUCAAGCCCUUGCAAAUGCAUCAAAAUCGGGGGCUGCGCAUGAGGCAAUGCAGAAUAUUAAGAGAGGAAGCAGAGGGAUAAUAAGUGAACCAGAAGCAAGACAGAUUCUUGGCGUAACCGAGAAAUCAUCUUGGGACGAGGUUCUACAGAAAUACGAAAACUUGUUCGAACGCAAUGCAAAAAACGGAAGCUUUUAUCUCCAAUCAAAGGUCCAUAGAGCUAAAGAAUGCUUAGAGGCUGCUUACCAGAAGAAACCGGAGGGGAUUACAACAAGCGCAUAAACAAACCAUAAUAUUGUAGUAAGAAUGUUUAGAAGGAAAAUAGGAAAAUAUCAUUUGUGAUACAUAUUAAAUUUUCUUGGUGUCUCUAAACCGGUUUUGGGCCGAGAAGUUUGAAAAAUUGAAUGGAGAGUGACGGUGGUGAGUAAUAAUAAAGGCCGCAAAGGUUGAAAUGAGAGAAGGUCGGUGAAGCCGGCGUUCGGACACUCACCGAUUCACCGGCCGUUGUUGAAAUUUUAAGAAAAAAAAUUAUUAUGUUGACUUUUGUAGUUCUUAGGUAUACUCGUUGAAUUA